AUGUCUGUGCAUGUGUGCAUCUGUGCGGAUGGGGUCGACCACGGCUACCUCCAGGUUUACGAGGCCUUUGCAGAGCGAGAGCGGAGUCAUGGCCUCGUCUACGCUCACGACGACUCAGUCGUGAAGAACAAAGAUCAGGUUUCGAAGCUGAUCCGCUUGUUGAGCAGGUGCAAAGAGUCAGGAGUUCUGCACACCUUGCAGUCACUUCAGCUACAGCAGAAUCGGCUGACAUGGGCGGGGCGAUGGUCCGUGGUCACCCGACUAGUCGGCCUCGCAGAUGAUGGAGACCAAUUCAAGUUCAUCGUGCGCCCUCCGGGGUGCACCAUCCCGUUUCGCGGCGGGUCGGCCGUGGACUUGACACGAGAUUCGCUGGUGGACACGGCGAAGGCUUUAGCCUUCACCUUUCAGGUGAUGGAGAAGGUGGCCGAAGAGUGCAGAGACAGCAAAGCGGAGCCAUGGAUGCUAAAGCUGAAGGAGAGCCUCAGCAUCCUGGAUAAUGGGUCCGAUGAGGCCCAGGUUCUCUUCGGGGCCUCCGACGUACAAGCAGCGGUUCUGAGAUUGAUCAUGGACUUGGUGCCUCAGCUGCAUUGCACCACUGUUGUCAGGUCGGUCGGGGUCAAGGCCAGAAUGCAAUGCGGCAGCAAAGGCAUCCGGCAAGCAUCUGUCGACAAUGUAUGGUGGCGCAGCACAUACAAGACGCCUUUGGUGGUGGCAGCUCCGGCUGUGCCGGACUCCGAGUCACCUGAGCCGCUGGUCGUCAAGGCCAAAUGGAAUGACACCUUCGAUGAGGAGGCCCCUGCUGCACCGACUCCCACUCCUUCCGGGGAGGAUCUGCGAAAACAGCGGGAGGAUGCCUUCAACACGGUGGCCAAGGGUGACAUUGGCCGUUAUGUCCGCUUCAUCGAAGUGAGCGACGUCACAGAUCCAACUUUGCUGAGCAAUGCGUUGGUGCCGCACGUGGAAUUGCUGGACAUUCCGGCAGUCGAUGGAAGCAGUGAGCAGAGCCUGAGAGGGUGGAUUGUGGACUCCGCGAUGCUUCACGAACCUUCUGAAGCGUUUUGCAAGUCCCACAACGUAUUCACCAGACACCCGCCAUUCAACGGCGGCUUGUUGGAGUCCGUGCUGAAAGUCUACCAGCAGGUGGCGGUCGAUGGAAAAGACAUCGUCGUGGUCAUGGACAGCGGUUCCAGCAGAGCCUCGACGAAGAUCAACUCGGCAUUCUCAAAGGCGAGGAAGCACAGCUGCAUGAUGGGCACUUGGCAGCUUCUACCACUGCAAAGUGAUCUGGAAGCCCGAGCAGCCUACCUGGGCCAGGAAGCUCGCGGCCAAAAGCGCCGCAGAAAAGCCAGCAGUCUGGCGGCCGUUGUUGGCCAAGAAGGAGUUCACUAUCUGAUUCGUGGAGGGCCGCUACAAAGCACAGAUUUGAAGUUCCUGACCUCCACAGGGGCAGCCUCGGAUUCUGCAAAUCCUUUCCUGAUCUGCAGCCUUCCGAAUCCUGCAUCCCUGCGACCACUGGUGACAAAGAAGGAGAAAGACCAGGUGCUGCUGAGCGUCGACAAGAAGGACAAGAAGAUGGUCGUGUGCACCGCUGGUCCCGCGGACUUGCUUGCAGAAGUGGCAGAGGAUGAGAAGCUGCCGUUGCAGCACUUCAGCCGCCACCCUCUGUUCUACAAAGAGCUGCACAACAUCUGCCACACCAGGUCUCUGAUCAUUGUGACACCGGACCCGGCAGAGUUGAUGGUGGCGGUCGAGCAGAAGAUCCACGUGAUCGCAGUUGUGAGAUCCAAACUCCACCUUCAAAUCUUGUCCGAUUUCUUGCGUGAAGAGAUCGCCCAGAAGAUGCAGGACCCCACCAACAGGAGGUUCUACCAGAAGACUUUGGUGGAACGCUUUGCCAUUGCCCCUGCCGAGAGGGCGAGCUCCUUGAGCCCGGGGAUUGCUUCAGCUGCUGCUGUUACGACACCGCCUCCGCCUGCCCCGCCUGGCGCUGCAGCUGAUGGUGAUGACAAUGACGAGAAGGAAUCGUCAAGCUCGGGGGGGGGGUCGGACGAGGACGACUGA